AUGGAAGCUGAGAAAAAGACCUUGGAAUAUGAGCGAGAACAUCAAGUUCAAAAAACCUUUCGAUAUUAUUGUACAAGCAACUCUGAUCCGCAAUCAAUAUUCCUUCCAUCUGUUCGAGACACCUGCUGUCAACUCAAUCGAUCGAGCGUGAUGUAUGAGGCUAUUCGUUCGCCUUUUGCGCUCUGUUGUCAAGCCAAACCUGACUCAAAUUGUGGUCGAAAGGACCAGCAACUUUUUACUGUCUUCCAUGCCAUCAUUUCCCCGUGGCAUGAAGGCUCUAACAAGCAUUGUUCUCACCUCACCUGCUGCCUAUCUCAACUCGGUAGGUUUUUCCACAAUCCCAAAGAAGCUAUAGGAGACUAUGGUAGUUGCCAUUUCUUUCACACAAUCGCCUGCAUUCUCCACUUCUUGAGCAUCUCCAUUCUUUGCAUAUUUGUACUCCAAUUGGCUGUGAAAAUUAUGUGUAUGGGUCGCGCCUUCUUUAGACUAAAAUUCGAGAUAGUAGACGGGAUAAUAAUUAUUGCGUCACUAAUAGCAGACGCCAUAUUUGUCUACAUUGCCUCGGAUGAGAUCACGCUCAUAAUCGUUUUCCUCAUUUGGCGAAUCAUACGAGUCGUCAACAUAGCAAAAUCGGGGAAGGAGGUGACGAAGAACGCGAUUCGCUCAAUGGCCUUCCUGACCUCGGAGAUUAUAACUCAAUUUGCCGUUGGGCUAAAUCCCAAGAACCUUGAGAAUAAUCAACUGAGCAGCAGCUGUAGUGCAAUCCCAUGCUCAACACAGGCCGAAGUCGUGUCUGGCACCAGUGAUUGUCGAGUUAUUCUCACUAACAACCAGAGAAGAAGAAACUCCAUCCCGAGUUCCACUUCCACAACAUCGCCUCAAAAUAGCCCACCUCUAUGGACAAAGCUCAAACCUUCUUAG